AGUGAGAUGAAAGUACUGAUAUAGGUAUUAUGUUCACUGUUCAGUAGUUCAGUAGUUCAAUUAACUUUUUCAAUUGCGUGAUUAAUUGGAGCGCAUUGCUCAUUCAAGAUUUUUGCGACGCUAUCAUCCUCCGCAAUAAUAAUCGACGUCGGCAGCGUGUUGGAGUCAAGUGUUAUCCAGCACCGCCUACUUUUUGUGCAAUACAAAUUGUGAUUCGUCGAAAGCGGCCCGCGAAAAAGACUCCGUCUCGCGUUGACCGUGACUGCAACCACUUCUCGGAGUUGCGUCUUCGUCGUCUCCGAAAGUACAUUGAAUAAGUACAGCCAGAGAGCGAUCUAUUAUUAUUCUUGUCCUAAUUCGUAACGCGUGCAACUGUCACUAUUGUAAUAAAAAAUUGUAAUUGUGUGUACAGACGCGGUUUCGUUUAUGUAGUGUAUGACAUCCCGCACGUGUUGAGAAUAACAAUUGCUGUUUAUUGUGAAUUGGAUUACUUAUUCCUUUCUACCUCUUACACAAACGGCUCGGUUGGGGCAAAAUGCCUCAUGACCAGGAACAAGCCUUAGAUGCCAAACAGCAAGCACAAUCUCCAGAAGAUACGGAAGAUUUGUCUCCUUUGCCGGUUCACACUCAGCAACCUGUAAGAAGAAGAGGUGGCAUUUCAGCAGAACCUGUAACGGAAGAAGAUGCCACUAGCUAUGUUAAGAAAGUUGUGCCCAAAGAUUAUAAAACGAUGGCGGCACUGUCUAAGGCCAUUUCCAAAAAUGUUCUCUUUUCCCACUUAGAUGAAAACGAAAGGUCGGAUAUUUUCGAUGCUAUGUUUCCCGUUAAUUGUUUGCCAGGCGAAACUAUUAUUCAACAAGGAGACGAGGGUGAUAAUUUUUAUGUGAUUGACCAAGGGGAAGUCGAGGUAUACAUAAACAACGAAUUGGUAACGACAAUUGGGGAGGGAGGCAGUUUUGGCGAAUUGGCACUUAUUUAUGGUACACCACGAGCAGCAACUGUUAAAGCUAAAACUGAUGUCAAGCUGUGGGGCAUAGACAGAGACUCCUACAGACGCAUUCUUAUGGGAUCAACGAUACGCAAACGAAAAAUGUACGAAGAAUUUUUGUCAAGAGUUUCGAUUUUGGAAAAUUUGGAUAAAUGGGAAAGACUCACUGUGGCCGAUGCUCUUGAGCCAGUGAGUUUUGAAGAUAAAGAAACGAUAGUAAGACAAGGCGAAGCUGGCGACGAUUUUUAUAUAAUCGUUGAAGGUCAAGCAAUUGUAAUGCAAAAUCGGGCAGAAGGGGAAGAACCUAUGGAAGUGGGUAGGCUAGGGCCAGGAGACUAUUUCGGGGAAAUCGCUUUACUUCUUGACCGACCAAGAGCAGCAACUGUAGUAGCUAAUGGACCGCUUAAGUGCGUUAAGUUGGACAGAGCAAGAUUCGAGCGUGUCUUGGGACUUUGUGCAGAUAUCUUGAAGAGAAACAUAACACAGUACAACAGCUUUGUUUCCCUUUCUGUCUAAGAAUGAUUCUAAGUACUGACCUAAGUUAUUAACAAAAAAAUUGUAUUAACGAACUCGAAGAAGUUCGGCCAAAUAUGAGGUCUUCGUAAUAAAAAAAAAAAUAGGUAGCAAUGAUAGUUUUAUCGAUUUUUCAAUGAAACUAUUUAUAUGUUUAUUUCUAGUACUGUCAUUUAAUAUACAAUUUCUAUGAGGGUGCUAAUAAAACUUAUUCAUUUUCUUUCUAUGUAAAUAUGAUUUGUUAAUAAUAAAAUUAGAGAAUAAAUAUUAAAUAAACUCAG